AUGAAGUAUUUCCUUGGUCUUGAAAUAGCUAGAAGUAAAGUUGGUAUUUUUGUUUGUCAAAGAAAGUUUGCUUUAGACUUAAUCUCAGACCUGGGCGUGGCAAGAUCUAAGCCUGCAAGUAAACCCUUGGAAGUCAAUCAAAGACUCACUAGUGUGGCGUAUGACAAAAUUCUUGCCACUGAUACUACAGAGAUAGAUGAGGCAAUAGAAGAUGCCACAAGUUAUCAGAAACUGGUAGGCAAGCUCCUAUACCUCACUAUGACUAGGCCUGACAUAGCUUAUGCAGUACAAAACUUGAGCCAAUUCAUGCAUUCAACCAAGAAGUCACAUAUGGAGGCUACUUGUCCUAUGACAAGAAAAUUAAUCAGUGGCUUUGUUGUCAAGAUUGGAGACUCUUUACUUUCAUGGAAGUCGAAGAAACAGAGAACUAUAUCAAGAAGUUCAGGAGAAGCUGAGUACAAAAGUAUGGGAACAGCAAUUGCAGAAGUGUUUGGCUAG